UAAAAUAAACUCAGUGAGGUAAGCACUGGAGGCAUCUUGGGAUGAGUUUUAUACAGACUGCUCCUUCUGUGCUGAGGAGUGUCAGAGGGGAGCGUGGAAGCAUCCCAGCAACAGUAAAAGAACAAACCACACAAACACCCCAACCAGCUCCAACACCCGGCAAACAGGCAGGCAGCAGAAGCAAGAGAAGCAGAGGAAGCUGUGAAUGAUGAUGCAGUCAGACGUGAAUCACAUGACUAAGCAGAGGUUGUUGCAGACUAAGGGUCUGUCUAAGGAAGUCAGGGGAGGUUUGAACCUGGGGAAGAAGAUCAGCGUUCCAAAAGACGUGAUGAUGGAGGAGCUCAACCUUCUCUCUAAUCGGGGUUCUCGCAUGUUUCAGGAGAGACAGAAGAGGGCUGAGAGAUUCACAGUAGAGAGUGCUGCCAACACCAGUAAUGUUUAUGCGGAGCCCAUUCCUACCCAGCAAGUAAUCCAAGAGGUGCAGGCAGGAAAAGAGAACCAGGCUUUCUCCAUCCCUGGUAAGCAUAGCCUGGUCAUGAACCUUCAGAAGACUGUAGCAAAGAAGGGCAGUCCUGAUGUCCUGGCUCCAGGGUAUUCCGGCCCUCUGAAGGAAAUUCCUCGUGAGAAGUUCAACACGACGGUAAUCCCCAAAUCCUACUGCUCACCAUGGAUGGAAGCUUUGGGAGACAAUGAGGAGCUCCUGAACACCCUCAAUACUCAGCUGCCCCAGCCCCCACAAAGACUACAGGCUUCCAACUACAGGUGCUUCAACAGAUCUCCAAUGCCAUUUGGGGGCGCUGUGGCAAGCAAACGGGUGAUCCCGGUGAUCAGCUUUGAGGCUGUAGAAUCCCAGCAACUUCCUGGCAUCGCUCUGGACCGCAUGUGCCGUCGCCCCAACUUCAACAGAGCACCCAGGGGAUGGGGACCUGAUUACUGCCCUGAAUCUAAUGAACUAUGAAGAGAAGCUGACAGACUAAAAGAAGCUAAAGACUGAAACUCUGGCCUAUGAUCGCUCUUCUCCUCCUACAAAGACGAACCCUCUGUUAAUCCUAAAGCACCGCAGGGGAGAAGAAGAAAAAAAGUACUCCUGCAUGAUAUACAAAGUGGUUUUCUACUGCUGAGUGGAUUGAUGAGCUGAGGCGAACUCCCAAGUUCAUUACACACUCAGUCAAGUCCAGGACAAUGCUGCCACAGGCUGAUCAGUCCUACCUAUUGUUCCUGUUUGUCACCUCGAGCAGUAUCUGAUCCCAUCAAUGUCUCAAUGUCUGCCUGCCCUCUCCUUUCCCUUCACUCUGCAGCUUUACAUCUUCUCUAUUAAUCAGAAGCUGCCAGACGCCAUUAUACAAGUAAUGAUGAAUAAUGCACACAGAGACGAUGGAUGGAAAAAGUUAGCCGUUUUAAUGACAAAUGAAAACAAUAUUCAAAGAAAGCCUUACAAUAAAGUAAGUCAGAUGAUGUCAAAUAAAAAAGUCAACUGAAAUUAACA